GUGUGGGUUGCAUUGUUGUGCAAUGUUGAAAAUUUAGGAGGACAUAAGGCCUCAAUAGUACUAACAACAACAUCACAAAUGUUAACAAUCUGCAAGCCUUGCAUUCAUUUCCUGAAAACUCCUUAUCCCUUGUCUGUUCUCUAUAUAUUUUCUAUCCUGUAUUGGAAAGUUAUUUGAAGUUGAUAUUAUUUUUUAAAUCCAGUGUAACUGAAUUUGGUCGUCAACUAUUUAAACAGUGCUCGUUAUUUUGCUUUGGGAUGAGUUUUAAGUAGCUUCUUUUUCUGCCCAUCUGAAGCUACCUGAUAGAUGCCUACAUUGUUUUUCAUCCAUUGGAACACUUUGGGUUUUAUCAAGGUUAAUAAUGUUGUAUGGUGUCAUUAAGUCACCUGUAGGCAUACCCUACUCUUUUAUUGAAAAACUAGUCGAAAUAACAGUUGUAGCAUUAGGAUUAGCUGUUGCACUCAAACUUACUAUAACUGAACUUGACACAGUAGAAACUUGAAUGCCAGGGUAGAAUAUUGUAAUGUUUUUAUUUUUACAUUAUAGGCUUUCCCAAAUAGCUGUUAACAGAAGCAGGCAAACAAACAUCCCCCAAAUAUAUUUGGGUUAACUCUAUUAAAAGUGGACCUUUAAGCCUUCCCAUAAAUCUUCCAAAUGUAAAGAGCUACAAACAUGAAAUGUUGCAUGCACAUUGCCUUGUUAAGAUGAGUAUGAGAUAACAAUCAUUAAAGUUGUAAUAAAAAAAUGAUGAAAGUUGUAAUAAAAAAAUGAUGAAACUGAUUUACAAAACAAAAAAUUAUAUAUUUACGUUUUCUGUGAAGAAAUUUUGCAAAACCGCAAUUGAAAUUUUUAAAAUUUUAAAAUCUGUCAUUCUCUUUGCAACAAGCAGAUGUAGUGUUUCUUAGUCUUUCAUUUUAGUUAUUUCCUAAGAAAAAAAUUGUUAACUGUAGAAUGUGUUUUCCCAAGCAUGUAAAGCAAUCAUGCUCGAAAUUAUGUUUCAAAUAAAAUACCUUUUUAAACAUCGUUUUAAUCGUCCUCAAGAAGUCCAGAUAUUGUGGUGAUUUAUUUGCUUUUUUAGAAAAAAAUCAGAAAAAUAAGGUCUGCAAAAGUUCCAAUUUCGUCCUAAAAUGUUGUGUUAUGGCAACUGUAAUUUAGUGACUUUUCCUAGAGACAUUAAGAAAAGUCACCAAAUUCCUACACUUAUCAAUAAGUGAUGUAAAAAAAAUCUGUUCAAGGGUGCCCCUACCCAAGGUCCCAUUAUAGCGUUUAAGCUUAAUCGUGUUUAUGCUGAAGUGUAAAAUUCCCCAUAAAAGAUUUGGAAACCUAGCAUUAGAAAUUAAUACAAAAAUAUGUACCAUUGGAGUAUGUGCUAAUAAAUUUUGUGUUUUGGGUCUUCUUUAAUGCUGGUAUAUUGCAUACAUUGUCGGCUAACCACUGGUGGUUGGCAUUCUUAAAAUCAAUAAGAAAGAGUGAAUUUUCUGUUGCACGUUUUUUUUCUUCUUUAAACUUUAUUUUUUGAUAUUUUGCUUGUAAGACAUAUAUAUUAGGGUAUUUGUUACACAAAAAAGUAUUAAGCGCUUAAUAAACAAAUAAGGAAAACUUCCUUUUAAAUUGGGACAGUGCCACUGCUAUUGUUCUUGAUAAUCCAUCAUCUGUGUUUCCAAUUAUUGUUUUUUAGACUUGUUAGAAUAAACGAAAUGUCAUGUACACUCAUCCCUGUUAGUCAUAUAAAUAAUAUAGACAGAAUUUCUGCUUUGCUAAAGGAUCCUUCCAGUGAAGAGCAAGAUAUAAUUGACAAAGGUGUCUGCUGUUUGAGCAAUGAAAAAGAUACAUGUUUGAAGCAACCAUUAGCAUCUGGGACAAAUCAGUAAAUAUACAACCGUUUUACACUUAGCCCAUUUGGACCUAGAACAAAAAAUUGAUUAACUUGUCAUGAAACCCUUGGUUAAACCUACAGAAAUAACGCAACAAGCAAAAAGGAAAAGUUUUGAGGAUACAUUUGGUUAUGAAGAUGGCCAAGGUUUCAGUGAUGGAUGUGAUAGCUUGGAGGAAACACCGAUGAACGAAAUCCCAUCAGUACAGGUCAAUAAAUCAUGGUUGCAGUCUGCUAAAAUAUCAUUGUCUCCUACAGAAGAAUUUCUUGUUGCAGCCAAAGAAAACAAAGCUGUGUUUUUGACAAAAAAAUGGGAUGAGCAGCCGUUUUAUGAAAUUACAUGGAAUGGUCACUUGUCUUUAGCAAGCAGUGACAUCGUCAGCUGUAUAAAAUGUGUUCCAUUGGCUUCACAGCAAAGAAGUUCUGAAGGCACACCUGAUUGGACAUGUAUCAUCGUUGGAUUUGUAUCAGGAUAUAUACGCAUAUACAUGCCAAAUGGAAAGCAACUCUUGUCGCAAUAUCUCCAUGAAGGGCGAGUGAUUAACAUCAAACUAAAAACUAAGCAAUAUUUUCAAAAUGUUGGUUGUACUGGCCAGCUUGAAGAAUUACUUGUCUUAUAUCCAGAUGCAAUUGUUACCAUUGAUGGUUUCAGUAUGUAUCAGUCUCUAAGAGCAUGUCGAAACCAGUUUGCCAGAGCUCAGGCCAGCAGCACUUUUAAUGUGAUGUCUGAACCACCAGCAUUAGAGUAUCACAAGUGGAGAAUAGAAUCUCACAAUAAAGUUAAAGAUGUCACUCAGUGUGGUACAGUUAGUCAAUGUUUGUUUGAUCGUUUACAAACAGUUUCAUUUAUAAAUGGUCCAAGAUCAACUGUUAAAGGUUCUUCACCUGCUUUUAAUUGCAUUAUCACAACUGGAAAAAGUCCAUUUCUUGGUGUAUAUCAUGCAAUUGAGGGUAAUAGUCAACCAAUGAUAUCUGAUGUUGCUAUUGCUGUUGCAAACAAGCUUACAUCAGCAGUUUUGUCUCAAUUAACAGCUGCUAGAGGUUGGUUUGGAGUUACUCAGCAGGAGCAAACAACAUCUCAUAAUGUUAAACCAAAAGUUGAGAAAGGAACAAAACUGAGCAACACAGUAUGCUUGCAAGAUUCUCUUCGUCAUGCUGAAAGUAUCACUGUAGCACCUAUUGGGUAUUUAGCUGUUGUUACAGAUUCAUUUAAUAGGAUAUUGCUAUUGGACACUUUAAAAAGUACAGUUGUUAGAAUGUGGAAAGGUUAUAGGGAUGCAGAAUGUGGUUGGAUAGCUGUUGAGGAAGAAAUAGAUGAUACAGACAAUGCAAAUUUUAAUUCAGACAAUGGCAAGCGAAGAGCUUUAUUUCUUGUCAUUUAUGCACCAAAAAGAGGAAUUUUGGAAAUUUAUCUGAUGGAACAUGGUGCAAGAGUUAGUGCUUUUAAUGUUGGAAAGGGUUGCAGAUUGAUAUAUCCUGGCUAUAGACUACUUGGUGAGACAAUCCAUAGUGCUGGUUUUAAGAAAACAAAUCAAUGUUUUUUGUUGGAAGCAGAUGGUGUUGUUAAAUCCAUCCAUGUCCCUUUUCAUUGUGCAUUGAAUGCCACUCAUAGUGUGCUUGCAAAGGAUGCGCAUCUACUGAAAAAGCUAUCAAACAUAAUUAAACAAGAUGUGGGGAAUGAUGACAGUAAAGAAUGGGGCAAGUCUUUAAUCACUAUCCUGUUGGAAAUACAAAUCCCACGCACACAAAAACAGGCUGUGCAAAACAUAUUAGCCUCACCAAAACCUACUGCUGAAUGCCUAAAGAUUUGUUUAAUGAAAAUUGUGGAAAAUAUAAGUAAAAAAGUGCCUCAUUAUGACGAGCAAGACAUUGAAUAUGAAGCUGGACGACAGGAAUUAUUACAUUACUGUUGCUCCCAACAUGUGUUAAUAGAGACGUUUAUAUCACUGCAAGACUUUGAGAGACAAUAUGAAGGAUCUGAUUCUAAAUUUAUUAUGGAAGAAGGUCAGGACAUUGCUGUGGCAAACUUACUGCAUGUGACCGUAACCGAAGCACAGGAUUUAUUCAGUUCCAUAAAAAAAUAUAUAGCGACGUGUUUAAAAAAAGAAUUAGGUAAAAAACCAUGUGACACACAAGAUUUAGAUAUAAACGUAGCAACAUUUUUAAGUUGUUUUGAAAUUGUGGUGUCUGGCAAUAAAAAUAAUUCAUCAUUGGCAUCAGCAUCGUCUCUAAUGAGAGGCUUUGUUAUAAUUCAACAGUCUUUAUCGCAAGCUGCAGUAGCCCAACUGGGUUCUUUCUUAUUUAAGGAAGCCUUGGCAGGAAAUAUACCUGUGAGCAAAUUAACUUUUAUUUUGGAAUCAUCAGAAAUACCACCUAUGCAAAUCAUGAUGUUGCUUGCCACAUAUACACAAUCUGAAGAAUGUUGCGACAUUUUGGACCUUACAACUCUCUACCUUUUGCAUUCUUUGGUAGCAUCCAUUUGUUCCAUGAAAGGUGGUGCGGAAAAAGAAUCUGUAACUCGUUCUGUUGGUAUGGUAUCUUCUUGGUGGCAAUCUGUUCGUGAUAUCUUAUCACAGUCUGUUUUAAUUGGCCAAAGUCUUGUCAUGGCUGUUGUUUGUCGAAGUGUAGCAAUGGAGUUAAAUGCAGCUACACAGAAGAUUAAGUCAUCUGAUACAGAUGAUAUUGAAAGCGAGGGUUGGGAAUCAGUUACAGUUGAUAUCGAACAAUGGAAUCUACUUGUUUGUCGGCUGGAUGAUUUAAUUGAUUUGGAAUGCUUUGUACAUGAGAAUCAUGCUUUGACAGUUUUAUCAGAAGAUGGGAGCCCAACAUGUAAACAUCUACACAAAGCAGAAGGAAAAAAAGAAGAGAAUAAAGGAAAAGAAAAGAAAACAACUGCUAAAUCAUCGGAUCGAAUUCCUGUUCUUUCAGUUAAAGGUCUGUUAGAUGCUGGUUAUGGCAGUUUCAGCCAGAUUGUUGCUAAUUGUGUAGUGCGGCAAGGUGUGCCCGGACCUUGCUUGGGUUUUCCAAAACUGAAGAAAGCAUUACAAAGAAAAACUAAUACGUUUGACAGUGUGGAAGAGACUGAUGAAGAUGAUGAUAAGCCAGAGCAAGACGAUAACGAAGUGCAUUUUGUGUUGAAUGAUCUUGUCAAAAUUCGCGAAAGGUUUCCUUACAGCCUUGAACAAGAUUUGGUGUGGACGCAUUGUACUUGGGAAUGUAUUAUGAUGUGGAACGAAGAUGUGGAGGAUGUAAAGAUGUUGUCCAGCGCUUUAAUGCACCUUUCAUGUAUACAUAACCCGAUGUUACAACAAGGCUUAGCAAUUAUGAUGUGGAAAGCUGUGUUUAAAGAAGGCAUUAAACAGUUGGUCCAACUAAUCGAAAAAAUUGGAAAAGCACCAAAAGACCGUUUGUGCAAAAAGACUGUCAGCAUGGGAUAUUCAGCGUUAGAGAAUUUUCUGUUAACAGCCGAACAACUUCUGCAGAUCUUGACAGAGGUGAACGCUUCUGACGAUAUAAAGCCUACUUUUAAAACUGAACAUCAUUGGCAACGAACCACUUGCACACAACGUUCAAUUGCAGAGCAAGCAGUGGACGAACCGCAAUGUAACUCUCGUCUGUUGAAUCAUUUGUGGUGUCUUGUAGCCUCAUUGUACCUUAUUAUGCUUGGCAAAAUGAAAUCUAUAAAACUUAACUCCCUCUUCGAUACCAAGGUUAAACACACCUUUAAUCUAGCCCUACAUGGAACGCUAACACUAUCGAAUGGCAUCGAUGAUGCUGUGAUAAAAACGAGAGAGCAGUUCUGUUGCAACGCUAUUUCUUCGCUGGUCAAAAAUCAUGUUGAAUUAACCCAGGGGGAUGAAAUUGCUCGCCAUAUGACAUCUGACCUUCUUUCGCAGUUGGAUAUUGUGUUAACUCUGUCUAUAAGAUUUAAUUUGGAUGAGGAUUUUGUUCGUCGUUUUAUGGCCUGUACGUUGUAUUCACAUGGUUUGGACAUAGCCGCACAAGAGAUGGCCAUGUGCGUGCAAAGUAAAGCAGAGUUCUGUCCACAAAUCUUGGAAGUGAUUCGUGAAAGAUUAGCACAGUCACUACUUCUUGCAGAGGGGGAAAAAUUGAAAGAUAAUUUCAGUAAACUUCCUACAAAGAUAACAAUAUGGUUGCAGUCGAUUGACAUAUCAAAAUUACGCGCCACAUCAAUCCCAUUGGAGAAUACUUACCACUUGCUACAAUAUCUGCAUACAAAUAUGACUAAUGAGUCGAACGAAAAUAAAUUUAUCUACGAACUUAUUGAAGGCUUAAAGUUAUUUCUAUGAUCUGUGACUGAAGAAAGUAAAUUCAGUUAAA